CCUAUUUGUUUUCUAAUGCUCUCAGUUAACAAGCAGCAUGGGAACAUCGACGGAUAUUGAUCGAUAUUUCUUUCCGUUAACAAUCCAACAAUUGCAAGAAGAGUAUGACAAACAACAACCAGAAAUGAAUGGAAAGAUUGACUGGCAUUCAGCCAUUCAAGAAGUGUUUGCUUCAGAAGGAAUCACGAUUGAACCGGAUGAAAAGCUCAUGGUUCCAGCAUACAAAUAUCUCACCAAUUUAGUACCGUUAUUGGAACGAACACCAUCACGUACUAUUGUUAAUUUUAUGCAAUGGACCAUACUCAAACAGCUAAUUGAUUACACCAAACAACCCGAAGCAAACAGUUUCGCAGGCGUAAUAUUGCAUGCGGACGCAGUCGAUAACCAAAUGGAAGAAGAUGAUACAAGGUGGAUAAGUUGCAUGAGGACGCACAACUUAAAAUCUGCUAUUUCACAUGAAUAUAUCAAGAAAUACAUAUCGCUCGAAAACAUAGAGGACAUCAGAGAAAUAACUACAGACGUUCAAAGCUCUGUUCGUCAACAAAUACAAAAAGUCACAUGGAUGGAUGAACCUACAAAAGUAGCGUCACUCGAGAAAUUCGCGCAUAUGAACUUCGGGUUUUUUAAGCCCGAUUGGUACAGCGACGAAGCUAUUGCCAGAUAUUACGAAAACCUGAACGUCAGUAUGGGAUAUCUCGACAAUAUCAUAAAUAUUAUUAAAUUCGAGAGGAAGGCACUACUGAACUUGCUCAGAACACCCGUAACCAAAGACUUAUGGUUUAUGGAACCGUCAGUACCGUUUGCAUACUACACUCCUUUUCUCAAUAAAAUCGUUGUAACUGCUGCCUUAUUACAAAGUCCUGUGUAUGACAGAAAUCGUGUUGCGUUGAUGAAUUAUGGAUCGCUAGGAGUUGUUAUUGGACAUGAAAUUAAUCACGCCUACACUUCGAUAAAUAGUAAAUUUGACAAAGAUGGCAACAUUGGGCAAUGGUGGACACAAAACACUAUCAAUAAUUACAACAAUAUAACGCAAUGUUUCGUUGACCAAUACAACGAGUAUCUAGUUCCGGGAUUAGAGAAUAUUCGAGUAAACGGACAACAGUCGGUUAAUGAAAACUUUGCCGAUUCUGCUGGAAUUGUAGCUGCAUAUUAUGCGUACAAGAACAGAAAAGCAAGACUGAAUGAAACAGAUUGGCGACUGCAAGGAUUGGAAGAGUACAGUGAAGAUCAGAUUUUUUUCUUGACUCAUGCUCAAUUCUUCUGUGAAAUUGCUCUGCCGGAACGGAUAGAACAAGAUAGUAUUUUUGAUCCUGUCCAUCCUGCGAAAGAAAUUCGGGUUCGCGGCAGUUUUUCGAACUUUCGUGAGUUCUCUGAGAUUUACAAUUGUUCCCUGGGAAAUCGAAUGAAUCCGGAGAAGAAGUGCGUAGUUUGGUACUAAACCGACGAACAACGAAGACACGUGGAANUAAUGGAACUACAAAAUUAUGAUUGCGGGUUUUUCUUUCCUUCAGCAAACAAGUCAUUUGUAAUAAUCAAAAACAUAUUACAUAUGUAAUACAUUAGUGCUUGUUAAAUAUUAAAUACAUUUGGGAUAAAAUAGUUUUGAGUUUAUUUCGCACG